AAAAAACAAAAAAAACAAAAAACUGCCCGAGCAACAUGUUCGCUGUGCGGAUCGCCGCCUGCCUGUCCCUGCUGGCGGGCUUCUCGCUCCAGGUGGACGUGAAAAGUGGCAAAGAGGCGGGGAAAGCCGGGAAUUUCAUGGAAGAUGAGCAAUGGCUGUCAACCAUCUCCCAGUACAGCCGGAAGAUCAAGCACUGGAAUCGCUUCAGAGACGAAGUCGAGGACGACUACAUCAAAAACACAGAGGAGAACACGGGCUCUGAUGAAACUGUGGACACCACCAAGGACCCGUGCCAGAAUGUGAAGUGCAGCCGCCACAAGGUGUGCGUCGCUCAGGGCUACCAGAGGGCCAUGUGUGUCAACCGCAAGAAACUGGAGCACAGGGUCAAACAGUCAGGCCAGCCGGAGUCCCACGACAGCAGCUGCAAGCCUUGUCCCGUCACCGCCUCCUCACCCGUCUGCGGCUCUGACGGACACAACUACGCCUCUGAGUGUAAGCUGGAGCAGCAGGCCUGCCUCACAGGCAAAGACCUGAACAUCAUGUGCAGUGGCUUCUGCCCGUGUGCCACGACCUCCAUUGCAAACACCGACACAAAACGCGAGAGCUGCACUGGCCAGGACCUGGCAGACCUGGGCGACCGCCUGAGAGACUGGUUCCAACUCCUUCAUGGAAACGCGAAGCAGAAUAACUCUGGCAAGCUCGGCGCUGGCACCGCUUCAGCGCUGGACAAGAGCCUCGUGGCCAGCUGCAAGGACUCCAUCGGCUGGAUGUUCUCGAGGCUGGACACCAACAGCGACCUGUAUCUGGACCAGGCCGAGCUGGCCGCCAUCAACCUGGACAAGUACGAGGUCUGCAUCCGACCUUUCUUCAACUCCUGCGACAGCUACAAGGAUGGGAAGGUCUCCACGGCGGAGUGGUGCCUCUGCUUCUGGAGAGAAAAGCCGCCGUGCCUCGCCGAGCUGGAGAGGAUCCAAGUGCAGGAGGCGGCCAAGAAGAAGCCCGGGAUGUACAUCCCCAGCUGCGACGAGGACGGCUACUACAGGAAAGUUCAGUGCGACCAGAGCCGAGGGGAGUGCUGGUGCGUUGACCAGCACGGCGGAGAGAUGAUGGGCACCAGAAUCCAUGGCAACCCAGACUGCGAUGAAGUGGUGGGGUACUCCGGAGAUUUUGGCAGCGGAGUGGGAUGGGAGGAUGAAGAAGAGAAGGAGGCGGAGGACAACGGAGAGGAAGCAGAAGAGGAGGAGGAGGAGGAGGGCGAGGCAGACGAUGGCGGGUACAUCUGGUAGGACUGUCUGACCCCACGCGGAGAGCCGAGUCACAGCUGCCGGCCUGGAAAUCUACAAAGAUGGCUCUCUCCUUGCAGCAAAAGAUUUUGGUAUCGGACUCGGGAGGCAUGGAAUUGUGUAUCAUCCUGGUGGGAUAUGUGGUGCUGGUCCUAGGGGAUGAGACAAUGACCAGUUUUUGUCUUAGAUAUGUGUAAUUGCUUCAUUCUCCUCUCUGUUUUUUGAGCAACGGAGCUUUUUGUUUUGCCGUCCUGGAAAGCAGGACCCACUGACUACUGCGCCAUAGGUAGCUAAAGUCCAUCAGAAUUCCAAUCUUGUCCGAUCGCCAUCUAUGCAUAUAGAGAUUACCCAUAAUUUUGUAUCGUGUGAACAGUUGCUUGAGCAUUAGAGCCGCCGUCCCACUGGAAUGACCAGAGAUUUCAACUUUUAAGGAUUAGUUUGACAUUUUGGGAAAUAGGCUUGUUUGCUUUCUUGCUGGGAGUUUCAUCACUCUCACAUUAAAGGUACAAUAUGUAAGAAAUCGUCACCUGUCAGAUGAAUUCUCUAAACAAAUAGGGAACAGCUGUUAUCUGCUAACGGUAGCUGCCAUUAGCUAGUUAGCUCAGUUAGCAGUGCAGCUAGCAAUCCUAUUAGCUGGCUCUGCCCAGAGCGGGAUUACCGGGUGAGUGCUGGUGUUGUUUGCAUCAUUAGCAUAGGAGCCCAAGACUGCUGAAAAGAGGAAGUUUUCAGGGUACAAAGCAGGGAUUGCUGGAGGGUAGUGGCGCCGGAAUGGGUGCCAGUACCCGAGCUAGUUCUGGGCUCAGCAGCCUCACAGUUUUUUAAAUAUUUUAAACUAAAGAAUUUACAUAUUGCACCUUUAAAUAGGAAGCUAGAGCUUGGAGAGGGAUAGCUUAGCCUAGCAUAAACACUGGAAAUAGAUGCCUCAGUGCAUUUAAAGGUACAAAUCAGCCCAAACCUUUUGAAGCUCAUUAUUGUACAACCGGUUUCGUCUGCACAAAAACCAAAUUGUGAAAACAUCCAGGAGGUCACAUGAAGAAAUGGCGCUUUUACAGCUCCUGCAGAGAAUAAACAAAAAGGAUGACGUGCUCGUCAGUGAGCUUUAGAGGAGGCGCCGGGUGGAUUUAGACACAUCUAGACCGAGACAUGCUAGCUUUAAACAAAACAACAGAACAACAGAGUUAGCGGCUAACUGGUGAAGACAGCAUUUAGCAGUUAAAGAGCCCAAUUUUCCCUCAGGAGUUGGUGGAGACCAAAAACAGAGCUAAAAGAUGGUGAAUUUUGGACUUAUAUUCUUCAGGUGGCCAGAAAAAAAACUUGAAAUGGAUUGCUAAUGCUACUCAAUGUCUACUGUGUAAAUGUUUGCUAACAAGUUCGUCAUAUCACCCUUAAAAGUGAUGCCAAGUCAAUAUAUUGUUCACAAUUUAUUUCCGCAGCCCCCUAGUGGCCAAACAGAGCAGUCAUUGCAGCUUUGAUUUAAGCUAAUCCGAGCAUCUUCUGGCGUGGUGUUGCUCUUCUCAUCUCUCUAGAAUGGGUCGCAAAUACUGUAAGUGUAUUUCCCGAAAUGUCAAAGUAUUCCUCUGAAGCAGGUCAGUGCAAUGUGGUUACAUAUUUCCAAACCGACUCUGUACAUAAAUCCAGCAUAAAUGAUCUGUGACGCAGAUUUGACUUUGACUUGUUUAACAGGUGCACCCACAGGAUGGAUCCACUUAUACAGGACCUACAUUUCCAGUCAGAUUACUUUUAUCGAAAAACCUGUAGAAUGUACUAUAAUGACCCCCCCCACCGAAAAUGCACCUUGAGUAGAAAAAACACUAGUCGCUCUCUUCUGCUAACUCUGAAAUCAUGUCAAAGAAUGUGCCACAACUAUGUUUUUAUUCUGAGUUUGCAAAUUGGAAAAAAAAAAGAUCUGUAUUUUGUGUUUAUAUGGAAAAAAAAACGUGUGCAUUUACUUGAAGUUCUGUGUGUAUACUUUUUUUUUUUUUAUCUAUGAGAAUAUCGUCGCGUGUCUUCAUUCAUGCUAUUGGUAGGCCAGACAUUUGGUUGUUUUUAGUAUUGCAUGUUAGUAAAUAAGAAUGUACUUCUAGGCUGAGCACUUUACUAAUAAAGGCACUGGAGCCAAAA